CCUACAAUUAGAGUAAUGGACCAGGACCCACCACACAACAUGUGCAAUGCACGUGCCCGUCCUCCUACCAGCUCCAUCAUCCUCGAGUAUUCAAUUUGCAAAAAAUCUCCGCUUUGUAGUAUUGUCCCCUUUCGCUUCAGUCCUCCGUCAAUUGGAAAAUUAGGGUUUAUUUUUCCUUUUCGUGAAAUGGCUAUGGCUGGGCGUAUGAGAUCGAUCAUUCCUCAAUUCAAUCAUCUUCUGAAAUCGGAAUCACAGACUCAGAGUCCUGCUCUUCUAAGAGCCCUACUUUGCCCCACGACUGCCAACUCCGAGGUCUCGAGGAACUAUGCAACUGCUUCCAAGAAAAGCGAGGAAAAAGUUAAAGUUCCUCUGGUUUUGUUUGGGGGGACUGGAAACUAUGCCUCUGCUUUGUACCUUGCAGCAGUAAAAGCUAAUUCCUUGGAUAAGGUUGAGACAGAGCUUCUCGACCUUGUCGAGGCUUCAAAAAGAAGUGCCACCUUCUCUCAGUUCACAAGAGAUCUCUCAGUGCCUAAAGAUACUAGGAUCAAGGCUAUUAACGAUGUUUGUGCUGCAGCUAAAUUUUCAGAUGUUGUAAAGAAUUUUUUGGUUGUAUUGGCUGAGAAUGGAAGGCUGAAAUACAUAGACAGCAUUGCAAAGAGGUUUCUAGAGUUGACAAUGGCUCAUAGAGGAGAGGUGAAAGCCAUUGUGACUACAGUUAUUCCCCUCCCUCCUGAAGAAGAGAAAGAACUGAAGGAGACUCUACAGGAUAUUAUUGGACAAGGGAAAAAGGUCAAGCUUGAACAAAAGAUCGAUCCAAGUAUUCUCGGUGGACUGGUUGUAGAAUUUAGUGAGAAAGUAUUUGACAUGUCGAUUAAGACCAGAGCACGACAGAUGGAGCGGUUCUUGCGAGAACCUGCGAACCUUGACAAGUUCUGAAAAGAGUGAUUUUUAUCUUCUGGGGACACCAUCUUCCUGGUUUCAGCUACCAUUUUUCCUCCAUGAAAGAGAACUUUGGUAUUUUCCUUCCUUUUUGGCCUGAUUCUCAUCUUACAUUACGGGCGGCAAUGCCCUUAUAUAUGCAAAUAAGAAGUUGAUUUUUCUUCAUAACUAUAUCCAUGUGAGACAAUUUUAAAUUUGAUGUAACAUGUGCAGUCAUAUUGGAGGAUUUGACUAUGGAUAAACGUCUCUCUUUUUAUUUUUUUUGGGAUUGUUA